GUGUUUCAGUAGUUGGGGACAGACAGACAUCACCUGGAGUUUUAUGUUUGGAUACUAUCAAAAGACAGUGAGAGGCUUCAAAAGAAUCAAGAACCAUGGAAGUCAGACAUUUUGCCCUUCUGUGUGCCCUUUUUAUGUUCUCUCAACUGCUGCAAGCUGAAUGUGAAAGACAGAAAGAGAGGAAAAAAGAAAGGGCAAAUGCUGGAAAAGAUGGAAGGCUACAGUCUGCAUCUAAUAAUCAGAAUGGAAAAAGCAAGAAAACUCCAGGACAGAAAAGUUCGCUUAAAGGCAAAUUUAUCACCAAGGAGAAGUUUGUGUGUACUUGGAUGGUAAAUGAAGCCCAAACAGCUAUGUUAAAAAUUGAUUGCAAAAAAGAAGCGAAAGCAUUCUCUUGUGAAUUUUCGGGCAAUCCUUCCACUUGUCCACAAUAUCCAGAAAACAGGAAAGCUUUCUGGAAACAAAUCACUAGGUCUCUGAAAAAUAAGAAGAUGAUGUGUCAGGACUCAAAGAGUAUCUUAAAAUCUAGACUCUGUAAUAAAGGACCUCCAUCUGCUCACCUUCGAUUGAUAACACAGAAAGCAGAACAUGCCAAACAAGAGAAGCCAGCUUCCCAUAAAAAGGAGGUCUCUCUGACACCAGUGACUCCUGUUACAACUGAAAACCAACCAGGGAAAGCAUCUAGCGAAUGUGUUGAGGAUACUGAUUAUAUUGAUCAGAGCAAGGUGGCUGAAGAAUACUGUUCAGAGUCAUGGCUAUCUCUUUGCAAGUUCUUCAUUUCAAUGAUACAAGAUAAAAAGUGCCAAUAGAAAUACAGUGAUGUUGACAAUGUUGCUUGAGUUAUGAUAGGCAAUGCUGUAAGUCAAUCAGUGUACCAAUAAACCAUUCUAGAUUGCUCACCAGUACAUCUGGGUCGAAUAAUAGUUUUACUGGAGGAUUACUCUGAUGGGAUAGGAGGGCAUCAGAUGACAGACCUCAAAAGAAUAGAUUUGACCAAAGGCUUGCCAGCUGCUGAUUUGUACAUUAAAUUUGUGCCUAUAUGGGAAAGUGAGCAAUUGACAUUGGUAUUUUUCCUUACAAUAUAUCCUUUUGCAGGUCAUCAAAGAUGAAUUAUACAGAGAUCAAUUGAUUUAUAGUAGCACAGUUUGCAAAUGUUACCUUUGAAUGUUACAAACCCAUUUGUAAAAAUGUACAUAUUAAGUUUUGUGGCACAUUUCUCUAAUUUCUCAGCAACUUAAAUGUUUCUACUCAAAGCCAUGAUUUAAGUGCUAUGCACUUUCCCCUCAUUUUUUACUUCAGAAUUUCCUUUUAAAAAAUAAAGGCAUAUUU